AUGUUUACUAAAGUGUUAGGAGUUCUUUUUCUGCUAGCAGGUCAGUCCUUGGGCGAUCUGAAGCACCUGGGACUUCAUAAUUUCGGCCUGCAUAUCUCACGUCCUGACCACUCAAGCAGCCACCACAAUAACAACGCUGAAUCGGAGUACAACGCUUUUCUCAACCAAUACUACAGCAAUCAAUGGCAGCAGUACUAUCAAGCUCAGGCGUCCUACAAUCAGUUAUAUGGUCCCAAUAGUCUAUAUGGACACUACGGGUACUAUUAUCCCUAUGGACACGAAGUCCACCAUGGACAUCAUGGAAAUCAUGGUCAACAUAGUCAGCAUGGUCAACAGCCAACAGACAACACAACCACCACCACCACCAGUACCACCACCACUACCACAACCACACCAGCUCCAACCACAACAACAACAGAACAGACAACCUCCACUGCGGUUGCAACAACAAAAGAUCCUCAGACAACUUCAACUGCCGUUGCUACAACACCUGGACCCGAUACCACCUCGACAGCUUUAGCCUCUUCAAAUGCAGUAGCGAGGUAUCGUGUUCACACCACGCCCCUUCCAUAUCCAUACGAGCCAAACCCACAGAUCAAUCCCUACGCUCUGCACCGCAUCUAUCCCCAGCAUUUAUAUGUCAAAGAUCCUUCAUCAGCUCAGCUCUCGCCGGUAUACUCGUAUGUUCCAUAUGAUCAAGUUCAAUACGUGGCAAAAAAAUAG